GUGGCCGGUCACAAAUUGACAUUGGACACCACUGUUAAAGGAGGCAAGUUUCACUUCCAACCAGAGGGGGCGCUGGUUGCAACACCUAACUUGUCGGCUCGUCUGACGACGAAGAAAGAGCGCUUCCGGGUCAUGUUAUGUUUCGACAAAAAUGGAAGUAUGCUGCUCGGACUGCCUUCAAGUUGUCCAUCAAGCCUGAAUAAUCCGAAAAGAAAGGCGGUACGCGGAGGAAUAAUCUUGCUUUCACUCUGAUAUCAGGAUGCUCCUCGUCGUCCUGUUCGCCUUCCUGGCCCUGACUUCUAGUCAGGAAGCGGACGACGACUGGAUCGAUCCGUAUGACAUGCUCAACUACGACGCGACCACCAAAACCAUGAGGAAGCUAAUCGAGCUAGUGAGAGUUUCAGCUGUCCAAAUUUCCAGUCGAGAUGACGUUGAGGACUCCGGCCAAGCUGAGGCGACAGGCUGCGACAAACAACUGGCUCUCUUACAAAGUCAGGUUGAAGUCCAAGAGAAGAGAAUGAAGCACAUUUUACAGCAGCCCACAUGCAACCCAGUCUUCAAAAGGUUCCUGAGCAGACUACUGAAGGACAUUCACAGACUCGGAUUGCCCCCAGACUCCACAGACGUCCUAUAUGACGCCCAGAUCCGACUGUCCAGACAAGCCGUGUCAGAGAUUCAAACGCUCCUGGACGGCGGGGAAGACAGCUGGAGGACGGGAGCUCUGGACAACGCCGUCAGUCAGAUCCUGGUGGACCUCCGACCCCAUGACCACGAGGCCUGGAGGUGGCGCUUUGAAGACACCUUCGGCGUGGAGCUGGACAUCAUUUUAAAGUUGUUGCUGGCCGUGGCGUGCCUGGUGGUGAUGGUGUGCACGCAGCUGUGGUCCAGCAUCUCCUGGUUGCUGCAGUUCAGACGUUUCUUCGUCAUCUGCUUCUUCAUCAGUAUCGUCUGGAACUGGUUGUAUCUCUACAAGAUUGCCUUUGCUGAACACCAAAGCAACAUGGCCAAGAUGGACAGCGCCAACAACAAAUGCACCGGAGUCAAGACCAUUGACUGGAGCGACAGUUUGAAGGAGUGGUUCAGAAGCACCUGGACUUUGCAGGACGACCCAUGCAAGAAAUACUAUGAAGUCCUGAUGGUCAACCCCAUCCUGCUGGUGCCUCCCACCAAGGCCAUUUCAGUGACGUUCACGACCUUUGUCACGGAGCCGCUGAAGCACGUCGGCCAGGGAAUCAGCGAGUUCCUCCGAGCGCUCCUGAAAGACCUCCCCAUUACCCUGCAGAUCCCGGUUCUCCUCACCAUCGUGCUUGGCGUUGUGGUGUGCGUGUAUGGAAGCGUGCAGGCCACCUUCCAGUACGGGAUCACCGCACCCCUACGCCAUCGAAAUCCUCCACCUCUCCCAGAACCGGAUCAGCCUCGUCUCCAACCAGCGGAGGGCUGCGACGGCACGGAAGGAAGGAACGCACGGACACGGAAUGAGGCCGGACCGGCGAGGAAUCGUCUUUGCCGAGAAGAACGUGCCGGGAUGUUAGUGGAGACCUUACACUACGCCAACGCUUCCACCUGCAGGGAGCACCACCACCUGGACGGGGGCCGGCAGGGUCAGCGUGCCGAGGAAGGUCAGGGGGACGGGAGUGACCCUCAAGCUGAGUCGCAGGAAGUGGAAAGACCCGCCAAAACAAAACGCCUCCCCCGUGAACUCCAAUCUUCUCCUCCGCAACCUCCAAAAGACGGCGGCAGCAGGAAGAGAGUUUCAGUUACGUGCAAACGCUCACCAGAUGAAGACGGGGUGGAGGACCGGGAGACCUCCUCAGCUGGCGACUCGGCACCCUCGACAGACGUAGAAACGCUUGGCUCACCUGUACAGGAGUCGACAGCAGCCGACAUGCCGUCAAACGACGCUUGAUGCCAAAGAUUGCCGUGUGAUAUGAACUUUGCACACAGAAAAUGGACACUAAUUGUUUUUUGGAAGUGGACAUUGACACAACGCUACACUUUAUAUGAGCAUUCCCUCAUUGAAUACUUUUUAGUAUUUGGCGUCUGGCAGCUUUGUUUUUAUUCAAUGCUUUUCGAAAUAUUUAGCCACAUUUUUUUUUCUUGCCCAUAAUUUAAACGAGCGAGUUCAAUCAAUGAAUAAUAAUAUUAUUGCACUACAAGGGAUAUAUUCAGUCUCGUUCUUCUGAUCUUAUUUGGAAUGUAAUGACAAGUGCAAGGCUCUUUGCACUUUUUGGCUAACAUAUUGAGAAAUAAAAUCAUUCAAACAAGCUGUUUUAUGCUAGUCAAAGAUCAUCUAUAUGACAGGAGCGCACUGGUUCUCCUGGGAAGAGUACAAUUAUGUCAAUGAUAGCUCAAAUAUUUAGUAAAGCAACACAUGUAGAUAUGCUAGGUCGCUACACACAACAAUAAUAAUAAUAAUAAUACAUUUUAAUACAAUAAUACAUUUUUUUGUAUAGCGCUUAUCAAAGUACUCAAAGACGCUUUACAGUAGAGAAAAAGAAAUAAAAAUAAAGUUGAGUAAAAACAGAGUAAAAGAUGCAUUAAAAUACGAUAUCCAUAGUCAUUCAGAG